AUGCCAUUGGGUAUCUAUCUCGAUACUCCACAAGGUCAUAAACCAGCUACAUUACCAACUCAUUUUACUUUACAUGAUUUUCGAAAAUUAAUCGAAAAAAAAGUUGGUAAUCCUGAACAUUAUGAUUAUUCAUUAGGUGAUGUUAUUUUUCGUACAUGGAAUGAAGAAGCUUUUAAUCGUCAACGAAGUGCUAUUCAUGAUGGUAUUACUCUUAUUGUACAAUAUCCACCAGUGAUAUGGGAUAAAUCAUCUUCUGAAGAUGGUCCUAUUUGGAGACAAGCAACACCAGGUCUAUGUCUUGAUGGAUUUUGUUUAAAUAUUAAAUGUUUAGCAUUUGAACAUAAAGUUAUUAUGAAUCAAGGUAUUGGUCAAUUUAAUAUUAUUACUAAUUCUACUAUAAUUGAUUCACAAUGUCCAUUAUGUCAAACAAAUAUUCAACCAAUUACUUGUGCAUUUAAUCAAUGUUUAUGGCGAUUAACAGGCGUAAAAAAACAAGAUAAUUCAAACACAACAUCUCCAUCUAGUAUAACUACAGAAUGGCAAGAUUCAAAACAUGAAUAUCAUCGAUGGACAGAUCAUUUUACAUCAUGGUCACAAUUAACUAUUGAAACUAAGAAUUAG